UGAGUCUGUGAUUGCUGUUGUUAAUUUUUCGACCAAAGUAUAAUUCAAGAAAAUACUGUACUGAGCAAAGAGUAAAUUUGUAUGAUAUGCGAAGUUUCCUUUGAGAUGUUUGUAGUAAUCAGGGCGUUUCCCUAACUAAAAAUUAGGAAUUACCCAGUAUAUCAACAUGGCUAAAAACGGGACUCACUUCAGCGAGUCGCAUUUUGAGAAGAAACUAAAUAAUCUGAAGGAUACACAAGAAAGCAUCCAAGGUCUCAGUGCGUGGUGUCUUAGUCACAAAUCUGACCUGAACCACAUUAUAAAAUGUUGGUUAAAAGCAAUAAAAAAGAGCAAACCUGAGCAAUGCCUUACAUUGUUCUACCUUGCCAACGAUGUUAUCCAACACAGCAAGAAAAAAAGCUUGUUAGAGCUUGUUUUGGCCUGGGAAUAUGCAUUAAAAGAAGCUACUCCAUAUGCAAGGGAGGAGAAAGUUCGAAGCCGUGUGCAACGAAUUUUCAAAAUCUGGGAAGAAAGAGAUGUUUACAGUGCCUCGUUUGUUCAUGAACUUUCAAUUCUGCUAGAGGAUCCUGUGGAAAUUGAAGAAAAAUCUUCUGUGGCACCGAGUUCUGAUUUUGAAACCACCACUCUCGUUGAAAAAAUCCACCAGUGCAAAAUACUUGAGGAGGAUACAGACCUGAAGCAAAGAACAUUGAAUGAAUCCAAGGUCAAAAUUACCGAAGUUGAUGCCCUCAGGGCUAGCGUAAAAGAGCGUCGUAAAACUGAUGAUUUUUUCAACGAGUUUGAUGCCAGCGUAGGAAGAAUGGAAGAAUACGUCAAAGCCCUAGAAGUUGAAACGCGCGAAAGGGCAUCUCUUUUAAGUUUGUUGGAGCAAGCAGACCUUUUUUAUGAAGCACAACGAGGAGAAUUUAAAGUAGUGUGCACGGCGUACAAGCAGUUCGGAAGUCGAGUCAAGGGGGUUAAGCGUAAGGUAGAGGAAAUGAUGCAUACGCUCCCCAAAACAAGUGAGACAAAUCGGGCUCAUUCGGACACUGCGGAUGCCCCAUCGCCCACGUCAUCAGUGGGCUCAGAUUUAGUACUCCCUGAUCCCCCUUUUCUGUCAUCAGGGACAGGUGGUAAUUAUAGAAAACCGCAAGAAAGCCGAAAGCCUGUAGGUAUGGAUCUGGAUUCUAGGAUUACGUCAUUCUUGGCAGGAGGUUCACAAGGUCUUACUGGCUCGUUUUUGGCAAGUCCCGUUAAAGCAGACUCUCCUCCCGUGCCACAAAGCAAGCCUGUAUUACCUGCUUCGGAUCCCUUUCCCUUUUAUCCUGGAGUUAACAACCCUUUUGGCAACCUAGCGUCACUGCUGGUUGCUCCGCCACCUCCUCCUCCACCACCUCCCCUGAUGCCGCCUCCUGUAUUUCAGGAUCUACCAAAACCAGAACCACCUCCACCGCCACCUGUAUCUCUACUCGGCCAAGAACCCUGGUUAAACAACAGUCCGGUCCACCAUCCUCUACCCUCGCGAAUACCUUCUUGGGGUAUGGAUGAAUCUUUAAGCGAUAAUGGAACCAACAACAUUACUAUUCAUCAUACGUCAGCUUUCUUCCCAUCUCACGACGUUGAUCUCAGAAGUGGCCAGCGGCCUAUUGAUCAUCGUAAUCUGAUUUCACUAACAAGUGGACCAGACAAGUACUCGCCACCGCCGCCAAUUUCCGAUACUCACGACCACGUCGAACCUUCCAUCGGAGAAGAAGAAAUUUCUAGCUGGCUGAAAGACGUCUUGAAGGCCCAAGAAGCGAGGGAACGCAAACCUGACGAUCUGAAUGAGCAAGUUUUAAAUCUUUUGGAUUCUUUCGAUCACGAAAAAAAUAACUGCUUGACAUCGCGGGAUGGACCAAUGGCCGAAGGAGCACCAUCAGGAGCGAAAAAGAUCAUGAGUCGCGUUGAUUCUCAUCAUCUCUAUUCCAGUCACAACAGCCGGAUACCAACAUCAAAUACGUCGUUUGUCUGUGUUGAACAACCCCGUAAGGACAUCCCUGUCGUUAAAGCCGAUCCUCCGUCAAAAGUACCUAGCUUAAUGGCCACCGUGCUGUAUCCGGAUCCAUCAUCCUUUACCACAGCCGCAUCGGACGGUAGCGCAAGUCGACAUCAGCCAUUUGAUCAACAAUCGCCACGCACCCGAAAUCGUAGUAGCGCGACAACAUCAUCGUCCUCAAACCCUUCAAGCCGCGGAUUCACCCCGUCACGUUUUUCCCGUUCACCGUAUCCUCGUGGAUCUCGGUGGUAGCGGUCAUCUUUGUUGACCACUAUAGUGUUGUCUAUAACGCUUACUGGUUAUCAUGACUCGUGAAUUUUUUUUUUUUUUUUAACAAGCACAUCGUAAGGAAUGGCCCGUCCUGAAUUUCGGAUCUCUUCCUGACUUAGCAAUGUUAAUUCUUUUCAUCUUCUUUGUUUUUUUUUUUGCCCUCGAAUUGUUUAUGUGUCAUUUAUCUUAAACAAGUUGAAAUUGCUUCUGGCGUCAUAAGAAGGGUUCUUACUGUAUGGCGGCAUACAUCGUCAUUCGCUUGCCUAUUGUGUGUGUAUAUGUGUGUAUGGCAGAGCUAAUCCUAUCGUUAAGUAAUCAAGGACAUAAGUUUGAUUUUUCCUGUAGAAAAGACAUUGGAAAUAUCCAACUGGAUCGUUUCAGGUCAAAUGUAAGCAGGUUGUUUCCGAUGCCAGAGUAGAGAGUAAGUUCCUUUGGGGAGGUAGCACGGUUAAAUUACACCGCAAGGUUGAUAAACAUC